AUGAUCUCAAUUACUUCUAUAUUGACAGAUGUUUCAUAUAAGAUAUUUGUCUAUUUUAAAAGUAGCAUUUUUAAUCCUGUGUUAAAAGCUACACUAAGACAUGAGAAUAUUGUAAAUGUUUAAGACAAUACUUUACUCUCUAAAGAAGAAAAAUUAAGAUUAUCAUCUCCAAACAAAAUGUCAAAUGAGCAUAAAGCCCUUCUUCUUAAAACAGCUCUACUCACUAGAAUUUUUAUUGGUAUAGCAUUUUUGGCUGGCAAUUUAGAAAUUUUAUGGAAUCUACUAAAUAUGCUUUAACAAUUAUCGUAGUUAAAAUUUCACAAUUUACAAUUCCCAGUUAAUUUGUUUGUCUACUUUGAAAUAUUUACUAUUAGUUCACUUGCUCCCAUAAUAGACGGUUUAUAAACGGAUGUGUCUUUUGAGGAUUUAUUUGAUUUCAAAUUUCCAAUCAUACAAGCAAAAUGGAAAUUUGAAUACUAUGAAAUCAAUUGUCAUUUCUUUUGA